AUGGCUGUCUCCUCUUCCAACGGUGUCUCUGACAAUUCUAUUCCUCAAAACGUUAUUAUUAAACUGUUUUCCUUCUCGAUUGCUCUUUUUGCCGUGCCGUUGACCGCGUAUUUUUGGAGUUUGAAGACAUUGUUUCAUGGUGAAAACACGCUUUAUGCAGGAAUUGUUGCUGCUGUGGCUGUGAAUGUGAUUCUGCUUCUGUACAUCAUUGUCGCAUUCAGAGAAGACUCUGCCAGCAGCAAAGAGACAGAAAAGAAGAAGCAGUAA